AUGGUGAGAUCCUUGAAGCAUCAUGAGCAAAAGCUCUUGCGAAAAGUUGACUUCCUCGACUGGAAACAAGAUCAGGGCCACAGGGACACUCAAGUCAUGCGUACUUACCAUAUUCAAAACCGUGAAGAUUAUCAUAAAUACAACAAGGUUUGUGGAGAUAUUAGAAAGCUAGCACAUAAAUUAUCACUUUUACAACCUAACGAUCCAUCACGAAUCAAGCACGAACAAUUACUUUUAGAGAAAUUAUACAAUAUGGGUAUAUUAGCAACCAAAUCAAAAAUCUCAGACCUUGAAAAUAAGGUCACCGUAAGCGCUUUCUGCAGAAGAAGAAUUGGGGUUGUCAUGUGCCGCUUGAAAAUGGCGGAGACAGUUAAAGAUGCUGUGGCUUUUAUAGAACAGGGCCAUGUUAGAGUAGGGCCAGAUACUAUCACAGAUCCUGCUUACUUAAUAACUAGGAAUAUGGAAGACUAUUUGACCUGGGUUGAUACUUCCAAGAUCAAACGAAACUUGCUCAAGUACAAAAACAAAAUUGAUGAUUAUGAUUUGACAUGA